UUAGUAUUCUGGUUGUUGUUUAGUAUUCCAUCACCGGAAGAAGAAGAAAGGGGACGCCGCAUAUAAAGCACACGGCCACCUUGAGGCCCUGACAUUCAGGAGAGCGACGGCAAGAUGAGGACAAUAACAAUUGGUGCGGCAGUUGUGAUUCUGGUGGCCGGAGUGGUUGUGGGUGUGUCAGGGGGUGGGCAUCAAGCCGGGCACUAUGGAGCUGGACAUCCUGGAGGAGGAUAUAAUUCUGGACCAGGAGGAUUUGCAGGAGGAGGAGGAGUGGGUGGACCUGGUGCAGCUAAAAUUUUCAGAUUUGUCUCCGUCCACGUUCCUCCAGCAGAACCAGGUCCACGAGGACCAAGUGGUCCCCGAAUUGUGCACGGGGGCGGACCUCGCGAUAAGCACUACAACAUAAUUUUUGUCCGUGCCCCAACUCCGCCCCCGCCUCAACAGACCCAAGUCAUCCUCCCAGCAGCCCCAGAACAAAAAACGUUGGUGUACGUCCUGAUUCGGAAGCCGGAGGAGCUCAGUGCGGAACAGGCGGUCAAAAUCACGCACCCACGACCUCACCCACCCGCCAAGCCAGAAGUCUACUUUGUGACUUACAAGGGGGGCGGACCAAAUGGAGGUGCACCCGGUGGUCCGGGCAUAGUUGGGCUUGGUGGCAGCCAAGGUGGUGGAUAUGCAGGAGUAGGAGGCGAGACUGGGGGUUACUCCGGAAGUGGUGGUGGUUAUCCAUCUGUUCCAGCUUCCCCUGUUGGCGGUUAUCCCGGAAGUGGGGGUGGUGGUUACGCAUCUGGCCUAGCCUCCCCUGCUGGAGGUUACGCUUAACUUGAAAUCCCUUCAAAUCAAACGACUGAUACCUUAAACUAAACGAUCGUAUACUAAUGUAUUUAAGCAAUGUUAACUAAUGUUAUUUGUGGUUAAUUAAUUUAUAAAAGUAGUAAAAUACAUCACUUUAUCUUUUGAUAUUUAAAGCCGA